AGAAGAUGGCGACACCUCGCAGCCUCUCCACCAACAGAGGACAGUCAGGCCUGAUGACAGCGAUAGUAACGACCCCUGACUGUCAGUCUGUAGCAGCGACACUCAUCACAACAACAACCCCAGCCCUGCGUUUGAUGCUCCGGCUUUUACAACUCAAACAACCGCCACAGCCGUAAGUGCCGCUUCACUGUCUUUGUCUCCGUGGGUGUGAAGGCCUAGUUGUUAGAUAGGUGGCGUUUUUAUAUGAAGGUUUACAAGCCUAUUUUAUACGCUUUCUCCACGGCGUGACGGCCAGAUGUUUACCCCUCUCUGCUAGCUGACGUUAGGUAGCAAGUGCAGCUACAUUCACGAUGAAGGGAACUUAAAGGUCACAUUUUGUGUUGCUAAUGUGAAGCUAGCCAGUGAGGACUCAUUAGCUUUGCCUGGACGUUUUGUACCAGUUUAUUAAGAAAGAAAGAGCCUGUCAUUUAAGUGCUCGAACCGUAGCGAUAGCAAACAGGCUAGUGCCCUCUCAGGCUACGUUAUUUAGCAGGCUAAUGAGACUUUACCAAACGUCAGCAGAUUCAGUGUCUGUUUUAUGGGUAAAAUGAGUCACUGCUGCUGUCGCCUCACAUCACCUCAUAUUUGUUUCUGUCACUGCCUGGCAUUUACCCCGUUUCUAAACCAGGACCAUCAUAUAAUCCAUCAUUUGCCACUGAGCAUUUAGUCAAACUCUUGUCCUGUUAGUACUUUGCAAGCGGCCAAAUUUAAACUAGCCUCCGGAACCUGUGAACAUGGGCGUGUCUAUAUUUUUCGGGGGCUAGGGUGGCCCAGCUGGGGCACUGACUCACGCAGGGGUGGCAUGAAUCAUGUACACAUGCUCUAAAGACCUAUUCUAGCCCUGUGUCCGAUUCUAGGGACUGCAGCCUACAAAGGACACAUUUGUAGACCAAAUAUGUCAGUUUAACACGUGAAGGAUGCACUCAAGAUAUGCCAAAUGAGACAAUAGACCCUCAAACAGUAGACUAGUACACUGUUCAAUCAUAGUGUUUGACUUCAACACAGUUGCAAGUGAUGGCAUAAAAGGAUAAAUGUAUUAAAACAUAAUAUCUACUUGUCCCUUUUUGCAACACGGCCCAAAUAAUUAAUUCUAACACAAGUCCUGCCUCUGACAUGACAAACAGGCAAUCAUAGUUCAGGAUCUUGGGGCAGCACCAGAUUUGGCAGAUCAGAUUUCACGAGUAGUCCAUACCACCCCUAUGGACACACCUAAUGCAUAAAACUUGCUUGUCCUCUUGCCAUAAAAUUUCCGGCUCUUUUUUUGGUAUUUUUGUGGAGGCCUACACUCUUGUAGUCUCUUUACGGGACAGGGUCAGUUUCGUAUACCUUUGUCUUUUUCCUUUGGCUGAAUUUCCCAGUCUGUUUGUCCCUUAUUCUGUCUUGUAUUAUUCAUGGUCCCCAGGGGAGUAGAGCACAGACAAAAAGAAGAGUGACAGAGUGGCUCUGUGGGAGACGGACAUUUAACAGCACUGGGGAUAGAAAUGCUCAGUAUUCACAAAGCAUAAGCAAGAUUUAUGACAGGUACAGUGACGGCAGUGUGUACACUGUUGAGUUUGUUACGGCAUAAGACUUAAUGUCACAGUAGUUUGUCAUCCUGCUGUGACUGUUUGAUCUUCCAUUGGGAGAUUUAGAGCUCUGAGUAUGUAGACAUUCAACAACCAAGUUAAGACCCAGAAAACGGACCCAUUUGGGUAUGGCACGUAUCCAAGGGUGUGACCUCCUGUUCUAGUAUGAGGAGCCUGUGCAUUAUAAAGGCAAGAUGACUCUGUCAUUCCAGAAGUUCAUGCAUGUCUUCAGACACACAAAAAAAGGUAUUUCCAAAAGCUGAAGGACUGGACUUUUUCUGAUAUACAUACAUGAUGAAAUGCAGGAUGUUGAUAAAUGAUCCAGCAAGAAUAUGAAUGUACGUAAUCAAAGUUCUCUUUCCAUGAGGCUAACAUGGAUAAAUACAGGGUUACAGGAGGAACAAUUGACUUAGAUCUGGAAGAAAACCAGGACAGCACUAUUCCUUUGAGGUUGGCUUUUAUUAGCCUGGAUGAGUGUGUGUGUGUGUGUGUGUGUGUGUGUGUGUGUGUGUGUGUGUGUGUGUGUGUGUGUGUGUGUGUGUGUGUGUGUGUGUGUGUGUGUGUCUGUGUUUGGCAGUUUCAGGCUAAAAGUGUCUUUAACAGUAGUAAAAGGGCUCAAUAUGUUCAAUGAACUGAUUACAUACGAUGAGAUUAUUGGCUCUUGAUUAGGGGUGGGAAUCACCAGUGGCCCUAUUAUACAAUUUUAUCAAGAUACUUGGGCCAUGAUACGAUAUUAUAUCGAUUUUUGACCUUUUGCAAUACAAUGAGUAUUGUGAUACAAUAUAUUGCGAUUUAUACAUUUUUUUUCAAGUGUUUGGCUAAUUUCGUAUUUUUCUUUCCUUUAUGUUUGUCUUAUUUACGCUGUAUUUUAUUUUCAUGUAGCACAUCUUGUAAACCUUGUUUGUUGGACUAACUUUCUCCUGCUCUACGAUGUCACCUCUGCCAACUUCACUGGACAAACAGUUGAUUUUAUUUUUCUAUUAUCAUAGAUUUAACUUCUUAUUUGCAAUUAAUUUGAAAAAAUCAAUACUUGGUAAAUGGGAUGAUACGAUUUAUCACCAGACAAAAUAUCACGCUACUAUCGAUUUUUUUUUCUCCCACCCCUACUUUCCAGAGGACAGUUUACUGAACAUCUGAAAAGAGCACUUUGUUUGUUAUCAAUAAAAUGUCUCACUUUCUAUAUGGUGAAAGUCAGUGUUGCGAUAUUUGACUGUGCCCUUCCUUGACAUGCCAUGCAAGCGUUUCAGUCAGUGACUUUAAUGAGUGUCACGCAAAUAUGCACAAGUUUACAUUGGAUCGUGAAAGUGACCCCCGGAGAUGUUUUGUGAGGUGCAACAAUGAAAAAAAAAAAGUUGAAGGAGACAUGUGUGCCUCAGCGUUUGUACUUAAAAUGUUGCUAAGUGAACUGUCAGACUUUUGAGAGGAAGCAAAGUUUUUUUGCUUGAUUUACCUGUUUGUACAUCUGUGCCAUCUACAGCAGUCUGCAGCAGCCCUUUAAUAAAUCCUGUCAAAAGGAAGUUAUCCUUUCAACUGUGCUAAAAAGGUGUUGUUUUAACUUUAUAUUCAGUUUUGGAACUCUAUUUUUUAAAAAUCUGACACACACCUGAUUGUAGUGAAGGAAAUUCUAUCUUAAAAAGGUGCAGACAAUAUAUAAUUCACUGACUUGUCUCUUGUCUUCCGUCAUAUUUUAUUCUUCUCUCCUCUCACGCUGUAAAUUGUCACUGUCACUGCUCUGCUCCAUCAUAAAUCUUUCCUCUGCAAAUUCAGAGCAUCACAGCCACCUUGUAAAAGUCUGCAGGUCCCUCUCCUACCUCACACUCUGGGUUUAUAGUUUCAUGUCACAGAUUCUUUUCAACAGCUUUACAAGCAGGUUUUAUGGACAUAUUUGAUUUUCAAAACAAAAGUUUGCAGAAAUGUGAGCCUUGCUUCCAAUAAUUGGGCCUCCAGAGUUCCCUUCAAGGCAGCUCAAUUCUUGGAGGAAGCAGUUGUUGAUAAGUUGUGUCAGAACACAAAAUUUUCCUUAUUGGGCACUGAAACCAUAAAAAGAGUGUGAUAUUCUGUUGUUUUUCUUGUAAAUAUUUAUUUUCUUCAUUUUUGCACAUCAUUAUUUGUGUAUAGGUAAUUCUGGCUGAACAUGAGGUACAGGUUUUGAAAAGACUGCUUCACUUUUGAAGGCUUUCAAAAAUCUUGUUAGGCCUUGGGGUAUGUUUGAAAACUCGGGAAUGACGCUUUACUUGUUUGGUUGUUUUCACUUUCUGGAUCUCACUGUCAGUUGAGACUGACUUUAUCUUCUCUCCUUGUUCUCUCUGUCAGUGAUAUGGUCUGUCUUAUGUCUCCUUCUCCGUAUCUCUGCAGACUUGAAGGAGGGAUUGUCUAAUAGGCGGCACUGACCUCAGCCUGAGGGGUCAGAAUUGAGAGGGUUGGGCCUGAUGGAUGGUAAGUGUUAAAGUUUCAUCAAAGCAACACAAUAAGUAUAAAACCAUUUUUUUAGUACUACACACAGUAACACAAUAUAGUAGUAAUAAAGCUAGUAAGAUUGAGAGGCAGAUUUUUUCUCUGUGCUGUUGUAGCUUCAUCUCAAGUUGCUCAAAAUGCUCCUGAGUCAACUGAAAGACAAACAUACUGUAGAGUUUACUCAAAAGAAAAGGAGGAUCAUCAAUCAUUGACUGCCCCGUAAUGAUUAAAAUGUACAAACAUUAAAAAGUAAACAUUCAUAAUUUGACUAUUUGCAGCCAUUAAUUUACAAAUACUCCAUACGACCUACAAACCUCCUGUGAUUUCACCUUAUGGGCCCCUUGCUGUUAAAGCUGGGAACUUUGCCAUUUGUGAAUUUUCUUGGCUGUCUUUCUGUGAAUUGUAUUGUAAUCACAGUUAAUCCUUCACUUUCUCUGCAGGCCAGUUUGAGAGGGAGGGCACAGGAAUGUCCCACAUCCAGGUGGGCGGGGUUGACCUCUGUGAUAAUCUCAGUAACCCUCAAGCUCUCGCAGCCCAAACUCGAAACCUCAACGAGACGAACACGCUCACACACACUCAGAGUCUCUCGCCCGCUCAGAGUGAAGAUGGAGGAGGACACGGGCUUAUUGAAGAAGCUUCGCUCAGCGGCAGAGGAAGGGAGGGAUGUACAGGAAGGGCAAGAGAGGAGGAUGAGGAAGAAGACUUGGAUGAGGUGAUGAAAGAAGAGGAGGAAGAGGAGGAGUCAGAGGGAUCAAGCUGUCCCAUUCGCUGCCAGUCUCCAGGCACGCCUAUGACGGAUUCUUCCUAUUCGGAAACUGGUAAGGGACUUGAAAACAUGAAAACUUUUUAAGCCAUUUUGGGUCAAAAAGAUCAAUACCAAACCAACAGAUUAUCUGCAGAUUAGUAUUUUCUUAUACAAUUGUUGUGAUUUACAUUCAGAUUUAACAUACAGAGCAAUAUUUGUAUUUUUCUGGCUACAUGUUGAUCUUAUAAUCGAUAUCAACACCUUAGAAAAAUUGGGUUUUAAUAACCAAUCAAAAAGCUAUCAGCUGAGUUUGAGCUUUCACUGCUCAUCUGUAGCAGCUCAUGAAGUGACUGCCAGUAUUCUGAUCAGGUUCUGACCCACUCAUUGUUGUAAAGCUUUGUGUGGUGUCAGCAUGUUUGGAUUAAGGUCAGACUUACUUGGAGUGGUGAUGUCAUGCUGAUCACAUGAUGGACUGGUAGAGGAGUACAGCAGGACAAAGAAGAUGUGAGAGACAGCUUUAACAAAAGGAAGGAUUGAGAUGGAUGACGAUUAGGGCAAAAAAAGAAAAGGGACUAGGAGAAAACAAAAGGACCGGAGACCAGGGGCUUUUUUCAGGAAGGAGGUUCAACAAGCUCUGAGUCGAACUCUGAACUCUGAUCCUGCGUACCCUCAGGUAGGAAAUGAAGUUUUCAGUGCCAGAACAGCUGAUUUGAGUUAGUUCGAGGUAGUCUGAGCAGGUUCACCUAGAGUUCGGUACAUGCACCCUGACUAUAAAAAGAGAGUAUUAAUGGAGUUCAAUACAUUGAUUCACCAUGGUAACAUGUGACAGCGGGCCUCCUCCUUCAUCCUACUCGAGCUGGAGAUCCUUGUGUAUGUGUGGGCAUACUUUCAUGAAGAAAUGCAUGGCUGUUGUAGCAUCAAGAGAGAUCCAGGAUCACUGAACGUAUGUGGAAAUGAAACUGUGAGAAACUUGAAGUUCAAAGAAGAAAACCUUGCUAACCAGGUCAGAUUCACAAACUCAGUGAUCAUGGUAACUGACUCAGCAGUCAAAAUGACCUCAAAUGACCUCCCUUCUGAAACAGGUUUGAGUUACCCCUCUUCUAUGGGUUCACGUUACCUUCCUCUCAAAAAUGGGAAGCUCAGAGUUUUCUUUAUUUUUUAGGGUUAGCAGACUCAUGGUUUGUUCUAAAGCCAGUUUCUAAAAUAAGCUUCUUAUCUUUAAACCUAAAGAAGUAAAGUAAAGAAACACACAGUUUACCUUGCAGGCUGUACAUAGUGAGAUUUAGUGCUGCACAGUAUAUAACAACAUCAUUUCAUAGUUCACAUGUAUGCAUAGAUAUGAAGUUACCUCUGCGACACAAUAUAAUGGAUUUAGAUGCUCAUUAAUAACUCCUGUUGUUUACAAAACAUGAAAAGUUAAAAUCAAUAACCCGUCAGAUAUUCUGUCGUUAACAAAUGUGAAUAUUUUGUUGGCUCUUUUGUUCCCAGUGGUUUUUGACGUUCAGUUUACCUCAGUUAUCCUUCUUAGCCCUGUUCUGAAAUGAAAAGCAAACUGAACCCUUUUUUUGUAAAUUAGUUUGUGUUUUUAAGUCACAUUUGUGAGACACUGAGACACACUGAUAGCAAACUGAGGUGGAUGAUUAUUUUGCCUUUCUAAAGUUCAGUGUUCAUUGUUUAACUCUGCGAGUCUGUUAUACACCUGUCCUCUUAUGAGUUGUGGACGGUUAGUUGUGAGUCAUCCUGUUUUAGUUCUACCUCUGUGUCCUGCUCAUUCACUCUCUUUCCUUCCUCUCGCUUCCUCUUUGCUGCUUUAGGCAGUCUGUUGGAGACUCCAUAUCCUUUCAGCCCAGGGACCAGUCCAGAGCCUACAUCCCCUACUAUUCCAGCAGUCAGUCCAGAAACUUCAUAUCCCAUCAGGCCGGCAGAAAUGGGCCAGAUUGAAGUCAAAUUGGACUGUCGUGACACCAGUGCUGAAUCAGCUGCCUCUGGUUCAGGGUCUGUCACAUUAGCACCUGUUGUUACCACCGGGCCCAUAGAUCCCCCCACACAAACUAAAACCUCAGACACCCAUCCUGACAGCCCGCCAGGAUCUACGUCUAUCUCAGCAAAAACUACUCAUACCACUGCAGAACAUCUUACCUCAUCCACAGAACCCCUCUCCGACCAGGGGUCCACAGUUUCCACGACUAAAAACCCUAUAAGUGCAGCAGCAACAGCACUCCUUACCCCCAACCUUACCACCCUCUCUGCAACUACUGGUACUAAAUCCACUUCCAUUGAAGGACCUUUAACUUUCAACUGGGAACACAUUAUUACCUCCACUCCAGUGCCCACUUGCUUCUCAGUCCCCACCUGCGCCACAGGGCCUAUUUCAAGCCCUGCUCUGCUCGAGAGCCUGGAGCAUCUUGCAAAAAGAGGAGAUGAACCUAACCUUCCACAGUAUCUGCACCAGGUAACCUGCCUGUCCUUUUCCAGCAUGUUCUUCACAUACUGUGAGCUUAACAUAACCACCACCCACUCUGUCAGCCCUUUACAUGAAGACACUUCUCACUUUAAUUGUUUCUUUAAGUUUGUUUUUUCCUGUCUUUGUGUCUUUUUAGUCCAAGCUGCUUCUUUUACACUAGUCAUUAAAUCCCUGUUAUCCACUCAACCCCAUAAUCAGGAUGGCACUUUGUACCUUGAGGCAUGGGCGUCUGCACGGUCUGCACACACAGACACAGACACAGACAUGCACAGGGAAGCGUCCAUGAGCCACAUUCACGUGCACUGUACAUGAAAACACGCACUCUCAAUCUUACUCUGCCUUUUUUUUUUCUCUCUCACACAGACCUGCAUGACUGGACAUGUGUGUUAUGGGGUGUGUGAAUAUGUCUGUCAGUUUGAUUUACUAACCUUUCAACCAGGCACACCGGAGCUAUGCUUACUUCAAGGGCAGCAAGUGUGUGUGAGAGGCAGGGAGUACUGAGGAGUACAAUGUGUGUGUGUGUGUGUGUGUGUGUGUGUGUGUGUGUAUAUAUAUAUAUACAUAUAUAUAUAUAAGUUUGUGUUUGUGAAGUUUGUGUCAUGAAGAAAAUCCUGCUAACAUCUGCUUGACUUGUGUGGUUGUGCUGUCUGAACCUUUCUACCUUGAGCGUAGCUGCAUUACAACUGUAAACACUUACGAUGGGGUAGAGUCCACACCACACUCUCUUUAUGUUUGGUUUUAGCUCCACAGUAUGUAUCUGCAUGUGUCAUACAUUUUCCUCUUUUUAAGUGACCAUGUAAAGGCAUUAGUGCUCAGCCAACAGCUUUAUCAUAGGGUCUAACUCUGGUCUUGUCUUAACAAGGACAGUUAUUUGGAGGUCAAAUUAACAUGGUAGUAAAGGCUGGACUUUAUUUUGUACAGCGUACCUGAUCCGAGGUUCAUUUUGCACAUAAACGCUGUAGAUGUUUAACUUGAACUUUUCCAAUACUUACUUUUUGACAGGACAUAACUAACCCUAUUACAAAGAGAGAAUGAAUGCAAUGCACCUUUUUAACCAUCUAAGACAAAUAUAAAUGAAUGCUACACAAAACUUCUAUUGAAUAGAUUAUUCUGUGACAUAUUUCCUCUUGCAUUACAUUCUUCAUUAGCACCGCACUGCUGUUUUUGCUCACAUCAUGUGAUACCCUGACCUGAGCAGGUGACUGUUUUUCCAGCUUUGAUGAGUCAUCAGUUUUAGAUAAGAGACGAUUAUUAAUUCAGUGCCAAAUAAAUUGUAGUGUUUGUAGUGAGUGGUAAACAAACCGUCAUAGUUACAUAUGCGUCUUCCUUCAUUUUAGGCUUUUUUAAAGAGCCUCUGAUGCUGGUAGUGGUGUCAGAAAAAAGUGUAUGAGCCUAAGUGAGCAUAAGUAUUACAGUAAGUCCUGCACUAGCUUGAGAUGCUCAGAGGUAGCCAAUAUUUAGAGUAAGACUUAAAGUAAAUAGGUAAGAAGUAAAUAUGUAAUUAGUAAAUAAGACUAAAUACACAGUGGGUCUAUGAAAGAACGAGACACAUGGGUUAGAAGGGUCUUCAAUGACUAGAGCCUUUGAUGCCAACAUCAUUAGCAUAAAUAUGAAUCGUUGGAGGACCAACAGACAAAGCCGCCUGAGGAAAGUCAAAGAAUAGACCAACUGUUUCAGCUUCGUUCAGAUCAUGAAUGAAGCUUGAGCAAAAAAAAAAGAGAACCACAUAUACUUCCAAAAAUCUACAAAAGUAGCAUCGAUAUGGAAAAACAGAACAGGAAUCUUCUUUAUCAGUAAUGAUUCACAGAUACUGUUUAUUGCAUUUGGCUUUUUGUAACAAAAGCUGAAUCUUGCCUUGUAUUUGUGAAAUUAUGUCAUAUCUGGAAUUGAUCUCAUGUGUAACUACAGAAAACAGUUUUCAACAUUAUUCAACUUCUUAUCUGUACUGAGUCUGAGCCAGAUGCUUAUUGAGGUCAUCCAGUCUUCGCCACCCCUACCUUGAUUAGAAAUGCAAGAGUCUUUAGUGCCCUCCUCCUUUCUCUCCCUCUGUCUGCUUUCCCCCCUCUCUCUCUCUCUCUCUCUUUGCUUCGCACACACUCACUUCUCUUGUUCUGUGAUCAGCUGAGCAGCAUGAAAGCGACACUUGCUGAAGAGAGGUAGAGUGUCUACCACGGUCUCUCAUUUUUCUGUCUUGCUUCUCACUCUCACUUUCAGUCUAUCCCUGUAAUGUAAGGGCCUAGCUUAAAUACCUCAGUGCUUUACUGUGUCUUUCAAACUUGGUUUCACAUCUUGUGUUUGUCAUAGUUAAUGAUUAUAGAGGUCAUUGCGUUAGUGGCAGUGCAGUAACGGCCCUGUGUCGGUGUGUUUUGCCUUCACUCCUGAUAGAUCUUAUUUUUUGUUUUGCUGAUCUUGUGUCGUGUUCAGGGACCGCUGUACAGUGAGCAGUCGUUUCAGUCUUGCUCAGAACCCUUCGUAGACCUAUGUGAUGUGAUAAAAGCAUGACAUAAACAUUUUAAAAGUGUGCGCUUCAUUUAAAGUUCUGAUCUUUUUCUCUCUUUUCAGAUUGCAGAGGCUUUCGUUCUUCAGGAGGACUGUAUCCUUAUCAAUAUGUCGUUGUGUGUAUUUAUGUGUUUUUGUGCAUUUUGGGGUUAAAGGUGGUGGGAAGCUUAUCUCUCUAUCAUUUAACCUGCCGAUUGCCUGCUUGUCUGUACAGGUGCUGUGUUUUUUAGAUGGUUUCUGCCUACCUUAUCAGGAUUUUGAUCUGUAUUUUGACACAGCUUGUACUUAGAGCUGAAGAAUUUGGAGUGACUACUUGUAGUGGAUUACUCAAUGCUCCACUGACUUAACAGACAGUUGGAUUGAAAGGGGAGCAAGAGAUCGAACUGACAGAGGAAAGAGAGCAGGAAAGACCUUUGAAAGGAGAAGGCGACCAGAGACGACAGAACAGAAAGACGCAGAAUAGAUAAGAAUAAUUAAAGGGGUAGUUAAAGCAGGUGAGAUGGGUAGCUGAGCUGGCUUAUACUUAACACUCAAAGGCUCAUGAGUUAUGGAGACGGAAUGAGGAGACAUACACUCAAAAAGUCAAAUCUUAGAUGAGGAAGGAUGGCUUUCUUUACAGCUGAACUCUGUAUUUUUUACCAACCAAAAGCUCUUUUUUAUGAUUGUGAUUCCUAAUAUAGACCCCCAACUUUACCAGAUAACCCAUCGCUUAGAAAAAGUCAUUAAAUAAAAAAUAUAGUAUGAGGCAGGAAUUUGGAUAAGGUGGAAAAAAAGAAAAUUUGACAAAUAUUUAAUGUAGAAAAGAGAUGCUGUGGUGGGGAGAAAAGACAAAGAGGAGGGAAAGCUAGCUUAGCUAUGUCAUGCAUGUAUGGAGGGUCAGUAAGUAAGGGGUAAAAUAGAGGGAAAGCUUUGAGCCAUAUCAAAGAAGGAUUGUGCGUUGGCUGCUCAUAUCCAUAAAUAUGAGACACUUUAUCCCGGAGCCCUCUGUUGGCAUGACUUAGCUUCCUCCUCUUCUCUCUGUUUCACUGUCCCCCUCUCUUUCCUCAGUCUCACUUCAGUUCUUCUCUUUACAUCCGUCUGCUCUUCAUAAACACAGUCGGUUGUGUUUUAAGGCAAACUGGUAUCUGUAGCUCUCUUUUGCAUCAUAUUGUGUCCGCCUCUUAACUCAUGAUGGUCAGACCAGCGAGCGUUAUGGUGCAUCCAGUUAGAGAGACUUUAUCACCAGAGAGUGCUGGACAACCUGAAUGCACUAAAGGAACAGUGGGGUAAUGUAUGCACACACACACACUCACUCACUGUACGUCAAAUACACACCUGAACAAACAUAUAUAUUGUGUAUAUAUUUUUUUAUUUAGAUAGCUGCACUGUUAAUGUUGUCUCUUAAAUAACUAGAAAUGGAAACAGAGGGAGUAGUCUUACAUCAAACUAUCAGCAAUAUUUUCAUGAAAGUCACAUUUAUGCUGAUCAGCAGGUGAUUUAGUUGUGAAUUUCAAAACUGAAAAUAAGAAACUGCUCUUUUUAAAUAUUUAGACUUCAAUGAAAAGACGUUGCUUCGCACCUUCCGGGCAGGCAGCUCUGCAGCAUGCAAAACUUGUUUUGUCUCAAACCCUUUGGGGAUAGCUACUAAAUCCCAUAUUUGUCAUCUUUUGUGCUGACAUGCACAGGCUGUAAAAUCUGAAACUAUUCAACAUUAUGACUGCCGUCUUUGUUUGGUUGAAUUCCAAUGAUAUGCUUUCAAUUUAGUUCCAAUCAUCAGAAACUCCAAAUAUUUUGACAGGCAGCCUGUAACAGUGAUCCUUUAAACUGUCUGUGUCUCUGUGUGUCUCUGUUUCUCAUAGAGAGUCAGUGUGGAGGGACUUCCUCAAACCUGGCAACCCAACAUCUGGACACUCUGAAACACAUCUGUCAAACACACAGUCGGUCAGUCUGCAUGAGGGUGUUUUACUGUACAUGUGUGCGUGUGUGUUUGACAGUCUCUGUAUGAGCAUUUGUCUUUUUGAUUAUCUGUACUUAUUAUAGAUUAAGAGAGUACAUUUUCUGAAAAGUUUUGAAGUGACUAGCACACUUAGCCAUAACAUCAUGACCACUAACAGAUGAAGUGAUUCACUAAUACGGUUAUCUCGUAAUAAUGGAACCUGUCAGUGGCCAGAAUAUGAUAGAAAUCAGGUGAAAAUUUUGUCCUUUCAGUUGAUGUCUAGAUGAAGAAAAAAUUAAGCAAGUAUGAGGAUGUGAGAGACUUUGACAAAGGUCAAAUUGAGAUAGCUGGACCACUGGGUAAGAGCAUUUCCAAAACUGCAGUGCUUGUGAAGUGUUCCCACCCGGUCAGCAAUGUCAGAAUCUGCCAAGAGUGGUCCAAGAAAGGAAAACUGGUGCACCUGUGGCAGGGUCAUGGGCAGCUAGUGUUCAUCAGUGUGCAAUAGGAGCAAAGGCUAAAGGUGCCAGAACACACAGUGGGUGAUGGUGACAUUUCUGUAGUAUGAAGCUGUAAAGCUGCAGGCCUGAACAAUAUCAGACAGGUUAUCAUUAUGUUUUGGCAGUUUGAUAUGUUUUUUUCUACAUUUACAGCCUCAUGAAUACUUUGAAUACCACAAGAUGCUAUAUUUUUUCUCUGGCCUAAAACUAUUUAGUUAGAAUUUUGAGCACCUGCAGCUAUUACUUAAGAUAAUUCGACGGUUCAAUAUGUCAACUUUACCUGCAGACAUAUUUCUAGGCUUUUGCAGUAUUUCAGAAACAACAACCCUUUAGCUGCAAACGAAUGAAUCAUUGUCUGUUUUACUUUUUAAGAAAGAGUUUGUGUGGGUGUCUGUGUGUGUUACACUUGUAAGAGUGUUGUUUGAUAAGUAGUGUGUGAGUCUGUUGGUGCUGGAGCUCAAGCACGUGUAACAAAUGAGUCAGCUGAAGCCCACUUUGGCAUUUCUCAAUAUUUAAUAAGAAGUCCUCAGCACACACUUAACCUACCAGACACACUCUUUGAAUACCAAACACAGCUGCAUGUUCGCCUCUCUCAAAGACAGGUGAAGAGUGUGUGUGUGUGUCAGUGUACAUGCCCAUAUGACUGCACUGAUAGUUUAAACAUAUGGCUCUUUGCUGCUUGCUGCUUCUGCUGCACUUUUAGACAUUUGAGCCCUCACACUGCUAGAGUUUCAUUUCGCUCGACUCAAGAACACACACACACACACACAAACACACACACACACACACACACACACACACACACACACACACACACACACACACACACACACACACACACACAUACACACGCCAGCGUGAUAGCCAGGGAAAUGUGCUUGGGCUAAUAUUAGAUUGGGAGAGUAAAGAAGGGUCAACCAUCUUUAGCAUCUUCAUUUACUAAAACCAUGAGCAGUCCUUCAGCACUCUGACGGUCUUGCUGAGCUUCUCUUCUCUUUUCUGUUCAUAGACCAAGUGCUCAAGAUGCUGUGGUAAGUCACUCUUUAUUUCUUGUUCUUUAUUUUUUUAUUUGUUACAGAAAUAAGAUAAGCCAAGUAACAUGCAUUUGCAUUCCUUGUGACCCUGGAUUACAUUUGACAUUAUGCAUCUUUAAAUGCCUUAUGGUUGCUCAUCUGUCAACUUUAGUCUGCAUGUACAGACAAGGUGAGACUGUCAAGUGUAUUCUCACUAUCUUAAGUUGAUUGUGCAUGUGUGCAUUUGUGUGUGUUUACAGUGCUCAUCUCAGAAUUUACUGAAGCCUACAACUGCAGAAAGUGUUGCACUACUUCCAUGUUCCUCAGGUGAGUGAGUGUGUCACAGAGAUGGUGUGUUUCAUACAAAUGCAUGGGAGCAGUGUUGCUUGUUGCCUCUUUUGGUCCAUUCUUAAAACAUUACAGUAUACUCAAAGAAGGAAAAUAUCACAUAGUAGAGAAAAACAUGCAACAAAAGUGAAAACCAGUUAUUUUUAAGGUAGAUUCAUCUUCACUCAAGGUCCAAGGACCAUAUUUUUGUGGCGUUGAAAAGCUGCAUCACUUCAUUCAGUUGAAAGUGAUUUUAAAGGGCACGAAGUCUUCAGUGCACAAUGACAACAAACCUGAACCCUCAGGUGAGAUUGAUUUAUUUUACUAAGACAUAUAUAUAUAUAUAUAUAUAUAUAUAUAUAUAUAUAUAUAUAUAUAUAUAUAUAUAUAUAUAUAAUAUAUAUAUAUAUAUAUAUAUAUAUAUAUAUAUAUAUAUAUAUAUAUAUAUAUAUAUAUAUAUAUAUAUAUAUAUAUAUUAUAUAUAUAUGUAUAUAUUUACUGCUAUGUUUCUGAACAGGUCUCCUGCAUACAAAGACAUCAUGUGGGACUUAAGAACCUGCCCCUCUGCCCUCUAAUGCUUAAGUGUCUUGCUUUUUCAAGCUGUUACAAGCAGUUCAACUCAUUGACACGUUUUGAGAUAUAUUUGCACGUGAGUUGAGAUAGGUAGACAUGCUGCCAGGGGAGGUGCUUUAUGUGUAAUUUUCCUCCUUAUCUAUCUUAUCUUAAUGCAGAGGGUUUGCACUUGUUUUGGCAGUAACCCACAAUAAUGAUAACAUGUAGUUGACAAAUUCUGCUGAUUCUAAACUUUAGGAAUGAUUCAUAUAAAUUACAUUCAUUUAUCAUUAAUUAUCUGUCAUGUAAUGUUGUUUUAACCACCCUGAGUCAUGAGUUUGCUUUACAAACAGAUAUAGUGUUUCUCUCACAGUGUCAUAAAGCCCUUUUUUAAGUUAAGCCCCUGCCCCUCUAAACACUGCUGCACGACUCUGUUUCUGACAGUUCUUGUGAAGACAUGAUGAUGUUUUUAAAAUGUAAAUUAUGUUGUGUCUUAGUGAAAUGCUUUGUUGACCUGGCAUGAGGUCCGGGUUUAGAGAAAUGUUCCAGUGGAGAUUCACUCCACUCUGUGUGUAUGUGUGUGUGCUGCAAAAAGCCCCUGAUUUUGUCUUUGGCUUGUUGAUUAAGUGAAGUGGAGAGGUAGCUGCUUUGGUGCAAAGGCCAUUAACUCGGUGGAUUGUGGGACAUCAUGUCCACACUCAAAAGCAUGUGUUCGACUGCAUUUGUUUCAACCUUCUCCUUGAUUUGAUUAGCUGGCGGGACUGCUCUUUCAAACCAACAUGUGGCAGUCAACACUCUGGAUUUUAAAAACCUUUUUCUAUUCAUUCCACAAAUUUUGUUUACCAUUGAGUUUUAGAUUAAAUUGUCAUGUUCACUCCCAGCUUCUAUUAAAAAUGCCAAAAAUGCAUUUCUGUAAUGGUAGAAUAUGCAAACUGUGUUUUUGCUGUAAAUGCUCAAAUAUUAAAGACAUUUUUAAUUCAAUACAGAAAACAGUUCAUAGUUUCUUUACAUUUUAGACCUGGCUGGUUUUGAUUGUUUGCCUUUCUAGAAAAAUACAAGUCAAGUCAAAUGCUCGAGCAGUUUCCUCUUUCUGCUGUUAUUGCAUUUGUGUUGUUGAGAUAUGCACAAUGAUGAAUAAUGUGUUCGAGUAGAUCUUUGGUUUGUACAUGAGGGCAGCCUUCCUAGUCCUCAGUGUAAUGUCACGAUUAAAGUAAAGCAUUGGUCACAAUUCACUUGAAAUAAACAAGUAUAUUCAAGUCCAGAGGCUUCUUUAAGUGAGUUUCCCAGAAUCAAUACCUGAUUUUAUUCAUGAACUCUGCUUUUAUUUCUCUCUCUCUCUCCUCUGUCAUUUCUUCCUCUCCUCUGCCUCUGUCUUUUCCUCUUUUUCAUCUAGUCCAUCAGAGUGAAGACUCCUCCCAUCCUCAGGCCAGCCGUCCAGUCAGACCUUCCAUUAAUUCGGCUGAUGGGCACAAUUCCCUGGAGAUGUCAGAUAAGGACAGGGGGGACCCAGACAGGUUAUUACAGGGCAGGGCCUCCAGUGACAGGGAUGGAGGAGAGCCGGAGGAAGGGAUAGGAUGCACCAUUCCAGUCCUGGGAAAUGAUCUGCACCCCUCUCUGACUGGAGAAAUGGAUCAGUCCAAGCCCGCAGAGCAGCAGGGAGGAGAUUUAGGUCUAGCACAGGAAAAGGAGGCAAAAAGGGAAGAAGAGGAGAGUGAAGUGGAGGAGGCAGCCGAAGCUUUGGAGAUGGAGGAAGAAGGAGAGGAAGAAGAGGAGGAGAAGCAGGGAGAAAGAGACUCUACGUUUCAUCAGGGAGCUCUGCCAGUGGAGACUCUGAUCAGUGGGGCAGCGGUGGAGUUACAACAUUUGCACCAGGAAGCCGUAGCUGAGGAGAAGCUACAUGAGGAGACACAGGUAUGAAUGAUUGAAGGUAUUCUUACCAAAAACAAAUUGAAGUAAAAGAGAGAGAGGUACGCUGUAAACAUUUUGUACUGUGUGUCAUCUGUGAGGGAUUUGGUCGCUUGCUUUGACAGUGAUUUAUACUCUACUUGUAUCAUUCACCAUACUGUUUCACCUGUAAGUGGUACGCUAUCACAGAUGUUUCUGUUUCUGAUGAGGUUUGAGCAGCUCUUGUUUUUUUAAAGUCAUGUAAACCCCUGUUUACUACCCAGUUCAUAUUUUAUCUCAACCAAACAUCAGCGGAUGUUCUUGGUCCAUAAAUUUUAAUAGCUUCCACUGACUUGCAUCCAUUUUUAAAUGCCUCAUUAUAAAUUGUGUUAUAGCAGCCCAUUAGAGUGCAGAGCAGAAUGGAUUACUGUCUCCAUGACUCUGCAUUGAUAAGCCAUCUAAAAAUAUAUAUUCCAUUACUGCUGCAGGAUGGUAUUCACCUGGACCGGAAGACCCAUCUGCCUCAUGAGACUUAUAUGAAGCAGCAGGAAGAGGCUGAGGGGGCUAUGGAGGAAGAGGAGGAAGAGGAGGAUUACGAAUUAGAACAAGCGGACUUGAUCAGAGAAGCUGCUGUACUGGACGACAUGGCUAAACUCAUCACAGUAGAGGAGGUGUGUACUUUGUCAUGUCUUUUGUGUGAAUGAGCAAGUGUGUGUGUUAGCAUUGGAGGAGAGAGUAAAUGAACAACGGGCCUAACUCUCUUUCUGGGUGUUUGAGUCCGGUUUAAAAUCUCUAAAGUUUUUUGAGAGUUUGUUUUGGGGAGAUCUUUUAUCAUCUUUGUCAACUAGAAAAUGGAGAUGAGACUUGUUGUGGUCAUCAUGAAAGUCUGUCUACAGAUGUUUACACACAGUAUGUCUGGUGUACAUACGUCUUUUAAAAUAUCUACAAAAUGAAACAGGCCAGGGAUCAGGUUCCAUUUGCACUUGCUCUCAAUUACGGCUACAUUCACAUGACUGCUGUAUGUGACAUAACACACACAAACCUUUGCUCUACAGCCGUCAUAUUGGAAACACGUCGUUAAAAUGGGCAGUGCGCCAAACCUAUUGAUUGAGCGUCACUGCUGCCACACCCGAGUUGCACUUUUUCCACGCGCUGUGUGUUUGCUCUGAACUGUUAUCAUGAAAAACAGGAGCUUCUGCAAUGCACCUGCUCAGGUAUGCAGGGAGGGAGGGAGAGUGGCCUCAUACCGCUGUGCUCAUUUGUAGUAUCAGAGCUUUUUGUGUAGAUCUGCACUAACCCUGCCGUAAUGUGUGACACUGAUCCUCCCGUAAGCUUAAGAUCCCAGUGAAGUGAUAUGAAACUCACCCUAAUGAGACUAGACGAACCACAAAAGCAUACGAAAACUGUUGGCGGUUUAUCGAGCGUUUCAGGCCACAGUCUGUCUGAAUCAGCCUGUCUGAGCUGUUGUAUAAUCGGCAGCUUGGUGCCCUGGUGAGCUCCCCUAAUGGUAUUACCUUGCCAUCACUGACAUCCCCAGACAAUGGACUUGUUUUUCAGAUACAGAAGCGGCAUUGAUAUUUGACCUUUGUCUGCGAGAGCCAGAUUUUGACUGGAAAAGUAAACAGAAAAUGUCAUCAGUGAGUCAUGCCGUUUCAGCUGCAAGCAGUAACACGUUAUUGAUAUUUUGAUCAGGUCAUUUCACAGUGCGGUGAUUUCUAAAUGUGGCUUCAAAUGUGUGUCUAGUGUUUAAACUUGUGAAAGACACAGGAGGCGCACACAGUUGACAGACAAGAGGCAGCGGAGAGAUGCGCUGAGACACAGUUUUAACGAAAGAAAUGGCCUUUUUUUUAAUCUCAUACAGGAUGAGAAGCAGCAAGACAGGUUUUCGUAAAGCUGUGGUUCCAGUAGUGAAAAGAUGUGAAACUAAAUCUGAUCUCCAAUAAUAUUGGAACUAAGCUUCUUAUUCGUUUAGCCGAUUUUAUCAUAAAUGAGAUUUUCUCCUGAUUUUUUCACUGAUCUGCUUUCCAUCUCCGGGUUUUUAAACUACAAGUACGGUAGUCGUCAUCUUUAUGAAAGUGAGUGCCUAUCUGUUGUCAGUCAUUAGUUUACUUUCCUGUUUGUGAUCUAGCUCAAGCACUUACAGUAUAUCACACGCUCUCAGAUGACUUAACUCCUGACUAGACUGUCAGGAAUAAUGGAAUCAGCACACAAGGUCUGUGAGAUGACUACACGGGGCGAGGACAGUAUGAGUAUGUGAUGCAUUUACAAGCAAUAGUGUUGCGCAGUGGGACAGUUUUCCAGGCCUUGACAGCCUAUUAUCAACAAUCAAGUGAUCAAUUGUAUUUUAAGUGCUUUGAUUCUAAUAUGAUCAUUUAUUCUCUCUAAACGAGCUGUGUCCCUUACUGUCAGCCUGUGGGUAGGAGAAUUAAUACUGUGUUAUACUGCUGCCAGGGUGCAGUGCUGACACCUGGUGGGGGGCAUGUAUCUGAGGUUGCACCAAUCGUGAGACAAGUGGGACAAGUUCCUUCUCUUUCACAUGAGGACUGCUGAAAUAGCUUUUGAAACUGCUCCCAGGUUGUCCCCACAGCAUGUAGACUUCCCUUCUGAAAGAUGGUGUGUGUGUGUGUGUGUGUGUGUGUGUGUGUGUGUGUGUGUGUGUGUGUGUGUGUGUGUGUGUGUGUGUGUGUGUGUGUGUGUGUGUGUGUGUGUGUGAAGGCUGUACGUGACAUCAGUAGCAACCUCCAAAAGCCACACUUUCAUGUUUACAUAUGAUGGGCAAUAAAGAAACAGAGCUUAAUCUUUUGGUAACAGUUUUCCGGUUUAUAUCACUGCUUCAUGUUGAUGGAUUGAGUGCGUCGUCUUUGCUGUUCUUGUAUUGAAACUGAUUUGUCUGAAAACAUGGACGACUUGUUUUGUAUCUUUCUAAUGUAAUGACUUUGUCCAAAUACUUCCUGCUGAGUUCUGUAUGGAGCAGGAGUGACAAUUUCUUCUGUUUGCAUUUACAAAUCCAUUCUACCCAGAUGAUUGUGGACAGUUUUCAGGAGUUUAGUGCAUUAGUAAACAGCUUACAAAUGUAUGAUAAACAUAUUAAACUGGAUUUGUACAGAAAAAUAAACAUACAGUGUGUGUGUGUGUGUGUGUGUGUGUGCUUCUGUGCUCCACAGAUUUCUCCUGCCUCUGGCCUGGUCUCCAUACUAAAGAAGAGGAAGGUUUGUGUUGACAAUGUGAGUGUGUCUGCUACCUCGGAGUCACGCCCUGGCAAACCUCCUGCCAAAAGACGAGUCCACUUCAAAGUCCCUGAUGAUGGCUACGAGCACGGUGUGUUAGUGUGUCUAUCAUUUAUAGUUUGUGAACUUUCAAGAAGCCGAUCAUUUAUCUGACCUCGAUUAGAAUCUGCUGCUCUUCCUUCAUUGCUGUCCCUUUGUCUCUGCAGAUGUUGGCGGCGGGGACUCCUGCCUACUCCUCUUCCUGCUCUGUAUGGUAACCGUAGUGAUAAGUGUUGGUGGCACUGCCCUGUACUGUGCUCUGGGGGAUGCCCAUUCCUCUGUCUGCCAGGACUUCUCUAGAAAUGCAGACUUCUACAUGGGCCAGCUGCAGCGGGGGAUAGCUCAGAUCCAGCACUGGUUCGCUCCUGGCUCAUAGCAGUGGACAGUGUCAACACAGAGACACUUUUGGUCUUACUGUUUGGGACAGCAGGUUCGGGAACUUCAUGCUUCUUCCUGAAACUACGUUUCCGGAGGUAAAGUUUCUAAGCAGUUGCUUCUGUCCCCAAUGCUAUGUGGGGCAAGUGGCUAAUGUGCUGCCUCACUGGCUGAACAAUUACAUUGGAUCAGUCCUCUCUCCUGCAUUUUUAAUGUUUGAACACAAUCCAAGGUUAAGACUUGAAGUUGCAGGUCAGACGAGCCUUUACAACACGAGUCUGAAAGAGAAAACAGAACAAAGAGAGACUGAAACUGGAGAAUGGAGACUACAUAAAAGGAAGAACUGACCCACAUCCCUCCACCCUGGAAAAAGAAGAAGUUAUACAGUAAAUCUUAAAGCAAGAGUUUGAAAUUCUCAAAAUGACUACAGUCUUUGAAGUAGUCGCAGAUAUGAUCACAGUCAGCCAGUGAUACUCAGUCAAAAAUCACUGGUUGAUGAAUCAUUGAUGGCUGGAUACAACUCGGAUUCACACUGGAUUCUAAGACUGGACUCUCCGAGUUUAGAAUAAUGAGAACAAAGUGAUUAAAGCUGCAGCUUUGUGAGAUGUAUAAAUGAUAUGUAUAAUCUGUUAACUGGGUGUGAACUCUCCACACGCUCACUGCACAAAUGGGAAGAGUCCCAAUGGGCAUUCUGCAGCCUCCCGCAACAACUGGUGUUGCUUUUAUUGUUGACUUUUUGAAUUCACAAAAGAAAUUUUAAAAUGAACAAACUGCUCUGUGGUUUACUACAGUACCUGGAAUGAAAUCUCUGUGUCUUAAUCAACUUUUGAAUGAACGAAUGUUCAGAGUUUAAUGUUUGUUGUUAUUUUGUUUUUAUCUGUGGGGCAUUUUUAUAUUGUCAAAAAAAAAUGAAAGGGUUAUUUUGGUAUUCAUUAACACUGAGCUAGUGGACAGCAGUCACAUCAAACAUGUCCAACAGGGGGAAGUUACACAUUUUCACUGCUACAACUGUGACUUAAAGGUAUGCAAUGCUUUUACAGUGAGCAGUUGCAGAAGAACACUAUCUGAGCAGUACAGUUGUACUCUGUGUACUUUCCACCCCUCUUUUGUGUAGCAUACGUAACAUGCACAGGAACACGAUGCACCUCUGUAUAUAGCUGCUGUCGAGUGAAUGUUUAACAUGUUGCACACAAGACAGGUACGUUUUUUUAUUUUUUAUUUUUUUGUUAAGAUAAUGCAACUAUCUGAAGCGCUGUAUGUGUUAAUUUGCUGGUCCUAGACUGAUUGCAGGCUUUACUCGAUUUGAUAAGAUACAAAAGUUCCCAGACCUCAGUGGAAGAAGAAAUAUUAGAUAUGCAUAUAAAACCUGAGAAAAUAUACACUAAAAAAACAGAACUCAAUGGAGUAAAGAAAUUAAAAUUAUUGUGGUCAAAACGAAAUGAUUCAGGAUGAUUUAUCAGUGCGGUCCUUUAUUUAGAUGAAGUCAUCUGAAGCACUGUGCCAGUCUAGCUCUGACCCCUCUUGUAUUUUAAUUUGUGAUCUUCUUUCACAAUUUUUAAUCCACAGUCUUUUUUUUCCCUCAGUUUAGAAUAAUUUUUCUUUUCCAUUCCCCCCCAAGAAUCACCCAGUACACAUUUUCCAUUUUUUAUGUAUCUGCACAAAUUUGAGUCCUGGUUUGACAAAUAAAAAUUGAACUGACCUUGAUAGGAGACAGGAGGAGGAGUCUGUAAUGGAAAAAAGAAGGCUAACACUCUACCUGAAAGAAGCCUUUAUUCUCACACCAGUGCUUUAACUUCUAACCAUUUAGCAGCAAAUGUAAGUCUUACUGUUGUCAUUUUUAUGCUAUGUCUUUGGUUCUUUUAAUGCUUUAACACGUUGAAUGUUUGGUGUCCUGUUCAUACUUUUCCUGUUAUUUGGUGGCAUGGUGGCUUCCAUACAAAAAAGCCCUGGAAAAACACAUAUCUCACAAAGAUCUUAUCUGUCAGGAUUUAAAAAAAAAAAGAUGAACGAGGAGAUUCAAGUGUCUUACCUAUGCAUUUUAACAGUCUGUCUUCACUCUCUGCAUAUUACUCAGAAAAACUCAAACAUGAGAUAUGGGGUUUUUCCUGGGAUGUAAGGACUUGUACAUGGAUCCUUUCUUGUUUUUGCACAUGUCUUCUGGCUGGUUCAGAUGACUUUUACACAGAAAACCAUUUAUUUAAUCCUCUGGAUCAUUUUUAGUAUUUAUCAUCAGACAGAGUCUAGUUCGGGUGGUAAAGAAAGAAAAGAUGCACCGCGUUUUUUAAUUCUUUGAUUAGUGAUUGUCAUCAUACAUUGGAGAAAUUUUUCCUCUUUGUUGCCAUUGAACAGAUUGUGAAACAUCUUAUUCAACUGCUCCCCUCAACACUGUCAUCCUCAUCCUUUUAUGUUGGUUCAUUUGUUUUUAGUUAAACCUGAAGAUGAUGAGGUCUACAGUUUGUGCUGCUGUUAUGAUCUUCCUCACAGUAUGGUUUGUUUUCACUCAUUUUCCCACUUGGUUUCUAACAAAACAUCACAAAUAAAUGAAUGAUUUUGUGUGUGUAUCAGUACUGUGCAUCACUGUUCUCAAUGUGCUGAGGCAUUUUAUGAAUUGUUCUGAGGAAAAAUUUUCACUUUAUUCUUACAGACUGUAAUAUGACGGUUUAUAUUUUGUUGUUAAAACUGCUCUUUCCUGUCAUGUCUACUGUUAAAAUCCUUGAAAAAGCUGAGAGCCUUCAGUUCUUCUGUCUUAUACCGUGCAUCACCUUACACAACAGACAACAGUGCACUUGCACAAUGCAUGACUCCCUUUAUCUAAUUUUAUUCAUCUGGCAGCUUUGUUCUCCAUUUUUUGGUCAUUAUUGGGUUUGGAACUGAAAUAGCAGACACUGAAGUUUUUCCAUGUCCUUUUGAGGAACCUUUGAAAAUUCAGCUGAUUUGAGUAAACCCUGUAAUGCUAGGAGUCUUCUGAAAAAAAAAAGGAGUGAUAUAAUGAAACUGAUGACAUGUCAGUGACCACAUGUACAUUUUUAAUUCUGGUUAGCACUUUCCAACACUGGAACCAAGAAAAGCUGUAGACCUGAAGACAGGGCUUUCCAUUUAGAAUGACUAGAAGUAUUUGGAGCCUUGUCAGCUUUCCCCAUCGAACUUUAAUUUGCUAGUAUUUAGGCAAUUGGAAAUGGAUCACAUGGUGCAGUGGUGAGAACUUCAAGUAUAGAGCUAAAAAGUUUAGAACUAGAGUCCAACACUGGCUUGAACAGUGUAGCAGCCUUUCACUAUAGUCUAGACUAUAAUUUAUGAAUACUAUGAUGAUAUAGAAACUGCACCAUCCUUAGCAGGCUAGUGGCAUUAUUGUUAAAACUGCUGCCUUAUAGCUAAAUAGCCUAGGGUUCAAUCCCAGAUGCAGCCUUGGAGCGAAGAAUAAACCCAUUGCUUUCUUCACAGGAUUGGAAAGACCUAAACUGGUAACUACUGGUAACUUUUCAACUACUAUGUUGAUAAGGGUCUUCUUAUGUACAGCAUGAGUGGUCUGGUCCUCUCUCAGUGGGAUCUGAAUGAUAAUCUUAACAUAAGUAAAUAUGCCCUAACAACUAUGAAUAAGAAAUGACAAACAAAGGCAAGCACAGACAGACAGGCCUGUUGUUUGGUGGUUAGAGCUGCCACCUUUGAGCAAAAAGGUUCUGGGCUCCAAUCUAGGUUGAGGUCUAUUUACAAAGUUGGUGAAGUCUUAAUCUUGCUUUAAAAGAAACAGUGAAAAAACACUAAAAAGACACAAAGGUUAGACAGGCAGACCUGUGACCUGGUGGACAGCUCUGCUGGUGGAUAGAGCAGCCACAUUUGAGUGAAAUUGUUCUGGGUUCAAAUCCUGGCUCAGACUUUCUAUCCAGGCCAGCCAGCCAUACAACUGUUUCCUUGAGCAACCAAAACAAAAUGUUCAAAUGCACUGACCAGUAACUGAGGGCACUGUAUGAAAAGGCCUGUGCUGUGGUAGAUGAAGCAUCAGGCUUUAAGUGAAGUAGUUCUUGGUUUCAGUCCUGGUCACAGACUUUCUAAGUAGGCUGGGCUUGAAGCAGAUUCCUCACACAGUAGUUUGAGAUGAAUUUUGGGUCUACUAUCAUAAAACAGAGGGGCAGAGAGGUGCCAGACCAUACAGACAGGUAGACAUAGACACACCUGGCUACCCAGAGAGAGGACAGACUGUAUCAGUUCUGUCCACACAGACAGGUGAAGAGGUGGAGUCUGAUUAUUUAAUGACUCAUCUUACUUUCAAGCUUAUUUGAAAAUUCAUGAAAAGUUUACAUGCAAUCAGAUUAACCAAAUUAGUCAAGGCC